CAUAUGAGCAUGAAUUCAACUGGAACUCUGGUACGAGACACAUUCAGCAAUGCAUUUGCAAAGAAUUUCAUUUUGGUGGGAGUGUGGCUUAGCCUGAGCUACAUCAAUGGUAGUGUUGUGGCUAACUUCUUCAGCAACCAGAUAUUUUAUGAGGACCCACGCUAUAUUCUCUUCAUUCACAUGGUCAUAAAUGAUGCAGUGCAGUUGACUGUCACAGUGGCUCUGUUCAUAGUGAGUUACAUUUACUAUUCCAUCAAUGUAUCUGUCUGCUGUGUCUUUAUUCUUGUGGCUGUCUUUACCACACGCAACACACCCUUAAGCCUGGCUGGGAUGGCUAUUGAGCGCUACAUUGCCAUUUGUGAACCUCUACAUCAUACCCAGAUCUGCACUGUACAGCGAACUUAUCUCCUCAUCGGCUUUAUCUGGUUCAUCUGCGUAGUACCUGACAUCACUGACCUAUUUAUAACUCUGGCUAUGGAACCCAUCAGCUUCUUCCAUAGUUCUGUGUUUUGUCUGCGCCAAAAUAUCUUUAAAGACCCAGUGCUUCUGUACAAGAGGCAAGCAUUUGAUGCAAUCUACUUCUCUUUAGUCUUCCUCACACUAGUCUAUACAUAUCUGAAGGUUAUGUUUGCAGCCCGGGCCAUCUCUACUGUGAAAACAUCAGCCCAGAAGGCAAGAAAAACUAUUUUGCUUCAUGGAGCUCAACUUCUCAUGUGUAUGCUUUCCUAUAUUUCUCCCAGUGUUGAGGUCAUCCUAAAUAUUAUCUUCCCUGGACAUAUCCUGGAGAUCCGCUAUGCCAACUAUCUCAUUGUCUACAUCUUGCCACGUUUUCUAGGGCCAAUCAUAUAUGGAGUGCGAGAUCAAAAGUUCUGCAAGUAUCUAAAGAGGUAUUUUAUAUUUGUUAAUUGCAAAUCCAGCACAAAGGUAGACAGCCAAGAGGAAGAUAAUUAA